UCCCCACCCCCCACCCUAUAAACCCCAACCCCCCAGAGGAAAAUCCCAAAAAGUUCUCUCAUUUCCCCAGACCACCUAAAGAUUCGAUCCAGAGUGAGAUUUCUGAGGGAAGAGUCGAACCAUGGCGACGGGGGCAGCCGGAGACGGGUUUCUCCGUGGAGUAUUCGAAGGCUGCAUUUCCGCCGGAGACAUGGGCAUCCAGCGCCGCCCAUAUCACAAGCACUGCGGCUGCGCCCUCCACAAAUCCCGCCGCCAUUGCCCCCACCCGCCUCGCCACAACACCGUCUCCUACCCAGUUCGCCGGUCGUGGAGCGAGGGUAACCUGGCGCUGAUCGGCCAAUCCUCCCCGCCUUGCUCCUCCUCCUCCCCCGCCGUACCGGAAGGGAUCAGGAGGACGUCGACGCAGUUGGUGCUCUACAAAGAAGAGGACGAGGAGCUCCAGGGUUCUUCACCUAAGGCUUGAAAUUUGAAAUCUCUCUCCCUUUUCUUCAGAAAUAAUUUGGCAGAUGUGUUGUUUGAUUAUGUGUUUUGUGAUUGAAGAUGGAUGGGAUGGGACAGAGGAAAUGAUGUCGUGAUUUGUUGUAAAGAUCUGUCCACGAUUGAGAUGUAUUUCAAUUAUUGUUUUAUUUUUCUAAAAACUUGUAAUAGUAAUAGGUUGUAGGGACCCCCUUGUAAUAAUAAAUAGCUCUUACUAUAAUAAUGUUCUGACUCUUAAUUAAACCCUUCUUUUAUUUU